AUGUACGCCAGUGGAGGCAUACGCUUGCUGACCAAGAGGCUCCAAAUCCAUUCAGCCAUCCGAUUGCAUGCUCCAUACCGAUUCGCGUCGUCGCGCAGCCAGCAGAAGAACGAGGAACCCAGAGGCGGCACCACGACACCUGUGCCGGACGAGGCCUCGGUUGUCGUGUCAAAGUCAGCAUACUACUUCGAGGCCGGCUACGGUCUAUUCGCCAAACGACCAUCUCGCCCCUUCCCGCCGCCCUUCUUAUCUCCUCCGUCGGGCUCCUUCUCAGAUCCUCUUAGUACCCAUGACCGAAGCCGCGACCGUCGCCCGUCUGUCAAUGGCGACAUGAUCCGAGGCAUCACCAACGGAGAUGAUGCUGUUCUAGUGAGCGACAACUUUAUCGGCGCAAACGACGGCGUAGGAGCAUGGGCUAGUCGUGAAAGAGGACACGCUGCCUUGUGGUCGCGACUCAUACUGCACUUCUGGGCGCUGGAAGCCGAGAAGGAUGUCUACGGAGACGAUUCGGAGCCGGACCCCGUCAAGUACCUUGAAAAGGCCUAUCGACAUACCAUAGACGCAACUAGUAAACCCAACGAGUGGCUCGGCACUACCACUGCUUGCGGCGCUCUCCUACACACCGACACCAACACUAAACCAGCUCAUCCUAUACUCUACGUAACUCAACUAGGCGAUUCGCAGAUACUCGUCAUACGGCCAGAAGAACGCGAAGUCAUCUACAAGACUACCGAGCAAUGGCACUGGUUCGACUGCCCACGCCAGCUUGGCAGCAACAGUCCCGACGUGCCCGAAAAAAACGCCGUCAUGGACAAAAUCACAAUCGCAGAGGACGAUAUCAUUCUCGCAAUGUCUGACGGCGUCGUGGACAAUCUUUGGGAACACGAAGUGGUUGAUAACGUCCUACAAAGUAUGGAGAAAUGGAAGUCUGGCAGUGUUCCUCAGGUCAUGCGCUCAGACGAACAGAGCACGUAUGCAGGAGGCAUGCAAUUCGUUGCCCAGGAGCUUGUAAAGGCAGCUCGCACUAUUGCCCAAGACCCCUUUGCAGAGAGUCCGUACAUGGAACGCGCAAUCGAAGAAGGCCUCUCCAUAGAGGGCGGCAAACUCGACGAUAUCAGUGUCGUCGCAGCUGUUUGCAAAAAGCGGAUAGGCAGAUGA